AUGUCUGCUUUGUCAGUUGCUUUAAACGGAUUGAGAUCCCAUGAUCACACCACGAACCCUCAUUCUCAUUUAUUAUCACAUUCGCGAUCGCCCCCACCUGCCUUGGAUGGCUACUCCAACCUUCGCGGUAGUCCUCCCAACGGCAUUAAACAUAGCCUUGCCAAUGGUUCAACAGACCAUGCUCCUGGUAACUUUGAAAGAUUAGCUGUAUUCGCUAAUGGGUCUCGAAGUUCCAGCAUUGAUGGAGCCAUUAGCUCCAGUACGUCGGCCAUCGACAAUAGUGCUGCUACACCCGCUUCUGCUGUGGGUGCUAGUACUGGAUCAGGCAGAUCUGGUUCGCCCACUCCUGCUCAGAGAUUUGUAAAUGUUCCUCGCACUACUGUUGACACUUUAGGUUCAUCUCCAUCUGCUUUUUCACCUCUGUCGUCAAAUUCAUAUCGAUUGACAAAUAACUUACGUCGCUCGUCUCUUUCUCCCGCUGGAAGUGUUAGCAGUAGCACUGGCCAAAGUAUUCCUCAUGGUUCAGUGUCUCCUAUUGCUACAGCUGAAGGAGCUGAUCUUAUUGCUCCACCCUCGCCAACUUCUGCCAAUGCUGCCAAUGUUUUACUUCAAACAGCCCAGUUGAGUCAAGCUUCGUCGCAGAAGCAAUCACAGCCCAUUCAGACUUCACAAGUAAGCAACACGUUACUAGCUCAGCCCUCGUCUCUAUCAAGACAAUUGGCUCAGUCUGCUACACGUCAUUACGACAUUCCUAAGACCUCUAAUUCAUCAAAUGCUUCGUCGGUGAAUAAUAAUGGUUCUAGCACCCCUAGAAAUAGAAGACUGUCAAAUACUGUGCACACUCCAACUGGAUCUUAUGGUGCCAAGGCUUCACCUGGUCUUCACCCAGUUGGUUCUGCUUCGUCUUCUCUUCUUAAGUCACACUUGAUUCAGUCAAGCACUACUCCUGUUGGCAGUCCUGGAGCCGCCUCUAAUGGCCCACUAAACACCAAUUCACCAGUUGCGAUUGCCGCAGCCGCUGCAGUUACUCCAGACAAACUGUCUCGUCUUCUACUUACGCAGGGCCCACUUGCUAUUCGUCAUAUCACCUCACAUUUGGCUCUCACUAUCAAUGGAUUUGCAGACCUAUCGCUUUCUAAACAGAGACGGUUAAUCAUUGCUGUCCUAGACAGUGGUGAUCCUGUCAACAGUGUAGUUUUCGAGAAGGUUGGAUGGGGUCGAUGGGCUGCUCGUAAGACUGAUUCUCCUGCAGCAGCAGCAGCUGCUGCAUCUGCUGCUUCGGCUGCCAACAAUGGCUCUUCCAAACAUCGUCGUGAUAGUAUCAGUGCCGAACUUGUAUCGUCAUCAGUGAACCCACCUAUCUCGCCAGUUCUAAACGCUGUUGACUCACAUUACCUGUCUUCAUCACUCAAGAACUCGAUCACAACUGCCUACGCUGACGACGUGGAUCUAGCUGAUGAUGAUAUGAUGUUCCAUAACUCCGUCAUUCGCAAGCCCGUACGACCAAGUCAUCUCUUGCAAGGAGCUCUUCGCAGCCGUCGUCACCGAAGGCCUUCACAAAAGAUGCGUGAAAGAAUUGCAUUUGGUGCUGAGGGCCGUAACAUGGACGACAGCGAUAAUGACGAUGAUGACGAGCUCGAACGUGUUGGUGACCGCAACAGCGUCUUCGACGAAAAUGUGUUUGAAGACGACGACGACGAGCUGGACGAGCUGGAUUCUCUCGAUGACCAAGAGGCCAUGGACGACGCGAUCCACCUCAGCAUUCGACGACCCAGCCGCAACGGUGGCGACACCGACGACGAGGACUGGCAGGCCAUCGGAGCAGCCAAACUCCGACGAGACACAGCAGCCACGAUAGCACAGCUCAGUGCCAGCCACAGUCACUACCACCAACAACAAGCGGCAGACAUCAAGCAGCCCACCCAGGACGACGUGGUCAAGCGCGAACAAGAGGCCAUUGACGCCCUCGUCCAGCUCAAAUCCAUCUGA